AUGGGGAGAUACCAAAAUCUAAUGGUAGGAGAAGCUCUCUCCAAUAAUCGUCUUUACCCUUUUGCUUGCAAUGAACUCAGCUCUAUUCUAACUCUGUGUUACCCUCGAUUGCACAAAUUCAUCAAAGCCCUCAUCUUCCAAGAUACUCUCUCCGCUUUUCGUCUUCUUCCCCUCAUGAACACAUCAGCUGCUGUUUCAGCCGCUAACCUUCUCCUGAAGAGCGUGGAAGCCGUGCUCCCCAAACAGAAGAAGAACUUAGCCAUUGUAGAAUUCAAGCAAGCAAAAGUAGCAUUGAAGAGACGCAGUAAGAGCCAUGAGGAAGAUAUAGAUUUACCUUCACUUCCACAAGAUAUCCUUAUUCACAUCAUCAGUUUCCUCGAUGUAUCGUCCUUAGUUUCCUCAUCUCAAGUAUCUCGCUCAUGGAACCAAGCAACCUAUGAUGACUCUCUGUGGCGAUCACAAUUUGACCUUCACUUCAAUCACAAAGUCUUGAUUCGUAUUCAUUCCGGUACUGACUGGAGAGAAGCCUUCAAGAAAGCAUUUAUCGCGGAUAAUUCGUCGAAGGUUUUAAGAUCUGGUCGGGGAUACUGCAGUUACUGUGACUCAAUUGUUUGGCACGACAACUUUAGAUGUCCGAACAAACAAUGUCGGUUGAAAUCAGGCAACAAGGCACUCGACCUCAUGUCAACUCACCAGGUUGUCAACUAUUUACUGGGGAUUAUGAGUUCGUCUGAUGAAAGUGAAUCAGAUGAUGAAGCCGUUAGUGGACUAUGGGUUUAUCCUAAAUUGCACUAA